AUGCUUGCCGACGACGACGUGGCCUUGUGUCCGGUUCUGCGGCGGGAGGUGAGCAGCCGGAGUGAGCGAGGGCAGAUGGGAGAUGGUGACGGUCUCGGUUCGGAUGGUGGUGGUCGUUGUAGUGGUGGUAGUGGUGGUCGUGGUCGUCGUCGUUGUGGUGAGGAGGAAGGGGGUGGAGUUGAGGGUGGAGGUGGAGAAAAGGAGGAGGACGACCACACGGGAGAAACGGAAGCCAAGGGCAAGGCUAACGAAGUAGCAGAAGCCAUGGAGGAUGAACCAGAACAUGGAGGAAGGUCCUCGGGGCUCGGCAUCGGCGAGGGAGAGGGGAGGGCGGCGUCGGGCUAA